AUGGGUUCACUUCCCCCGGAGUCGGUGGUGUCUGGUGCUCGGACCUCGGUCCCGGCGGCGCCACUCAUAAAACACAUGCAGCAGAUGGAUAGUGACAGAAUUGCGCUUAUUUACUCUGAUGAAACCUGCAGGAAGCAGAUAAGUUACGCGGAGUUAGAAGCAAAGACCAACGCUAUAUCUCGUGCCCUGACUGCACACGCUCGGUCCAGAGGAACUAACAGGGAUAACGAUUUUGUGAUUGCCGUGUGCAUGCAACCAACACACAAAACUAUAAUGGCACUGCUAUCAACUUGGAAAGCCGGAGCCGCUUACUUGCCAAUUGAACCAAGCUUCCCUCAAGGACGAAUAUCACACAUCUUGAAGGAUUCAGAACCUUCACUCGUCAUAUAUGACCACACUGCGAAUCCAACGAUGUUCUCAAGUUCUGGAGUUCCAUCAAUAUCUUUCGAGGAGUUGGCGCUGGAAGCCAGCGUAUUGCCCACACAUCGCCCAACAGAACAAGAAAUGUUAAUUGAAACAGAUGCUGACUCCAUCGCGAUUAUUUUAUACACGUCUGGGAGCACUGGGAUACCUAAAGGAGUACGUCUUCCUUAUACUGCUAUAUGCAACCGUCUGUGGUGGCAAUUCCGCACGUUUCCAUUCUCUGACGAUGAAAUCACGUGCGUUUGGAAGACGGCGUUAACAUUCGUGGACUCGGUCUGCGAGAUCUGGGGUCCAUUGUUACACGGCAGAACACUACUGAUACUGUCUAAAGAAACUACAAGAGACCCACAGAAAUUGGUUCGGGUUUUAACCGAGUACCAGAUUAAACGUCUGGUACUCGUGCCGACGUUGCUUCGAUCUAUUCUAUUGUACGUGUCUCUAAACCCAUCGGAAAGAUUACUACAGCAUCUCAAGCUAUGGGUCUGUUCUGGUGAGACCCUGAGCAAGGAGCUGGCUACUCAGUUCUUCCAAUCUUUUGGAGAUGAGAACGGCUAUAAAUUAGCCAAUUUCUACGGCAGUACGGAGGUUAUGGGUGAUGUAACGUACUACAUUUUGGAGCAGUCUGCCCAAGUGAAUAUGUUCCCAUCCAUACCGAUAGGUUCUCCUUUAAACAACUGUCGUGUGUAUAUCCUGGAUGAACAUCGUAGCCCAGCUGACUCUGGGGAGCUCUGGGUCGCUGGCAGAAACCUGGCUGCAGGAUACGUUGGUGUAGCUCAUGACACACGCUUCGAAGACAAUCCCCACGCGGCUCAUCCUGAUUUCGCGCGCAUUUACCGGACGGGUGACUUCGGGUAUCUUCACAAAGGAGUUAUAUUGUACAGCGGCAGAACUGACUCCCAGGUCAAGAUAAGAGGUCAUAGAGUUGACCUGCAGGAGGUCGAAAGGGCUGUGACUGCUGUACAGGGAGUCGAGAAAGGGGUUGUGCUCUGUUACGGCCUCGCUAGUGGAAAUCCAGAAAUAUUAGCCUUUGUAACCAUAAAGCCAGAUGCAAGACUCUCCAAUCAUCACAUUGAAACUGCUCUUAAGAGUGCCCUUACCAGCUAUAUGAUACCGCAAGUCAUUAUAAUCGAUACAAUACCAUUACUAGUGAACGGGAAAGUUGAUAGACAGGGAUUAUUGAAAAUGUAUGAAAACACAAAUAAUAACGACGAUGCUGAAAUACCACUGGAUAUAGAUUACUCCGGUGUUAGUCCUCAAGACUUAGAAGCGGCUAGGGUGCUCUUUGAAACUGUAGGCGAGGUACUGGGCAGGUCUGCUCGAGGAACUCUGUCAGUCAGAGCAAAUUUCUAUGAACUUGGAGGGAAUUCACUAAACUCCAUCUACACUAUCACGAGGUUGAGGGAUAAGGGAUACUAUAUUGAAAUCAGUGACUUCCUGGGAGCAGCUAACCUUAGAGAGGUUCUCUCACACCUGAACACGUCACCAGACACAUCAGAUGAUUCAGAACACACCAAAUAUACGAUCCAACCGAUGAGGGACGAACACAAGGACCAUGUGAUUGAAAUGAUAGUAUCUUCGUUCUAUGAGAAAGCGGAGUUGGAGCAGUUCGUCCGUGACCAAAUCGCUCCGAGGGACUACGCCCUUUGUAUCUCGGCUUGUUGGCACGCUCUUAGAGCCGCUGCUCUUAGUGUGGUGCUUGAAGACAAAAGCGGUACACCCAUCGCUGUCGCUUUAAAUUUCGACGCACGUGACGAACCUGAAAUAGAAUUAGGGGGAGGUUUGGCAAAAAUCAUGACAUUCCUAGAAUACGUUGAAGGUUCCGUGAGAGAUACUAUGCUGCCGGAGGGAAAAGGUACAAUUCUUCAUUCAUUCAUGAUGGCGACCGAUGCAAACUUAUCGGCAAGAGAAAAUGUUGAAGCGAUCCGCCUACUGGAGCAUGGUACAGAGAAAAUAGCGAGGGAAAGGAGGUUCAGAGGAAUAUUCACAACUAAUACAAGUCCAUUGACACAGCAACUCGGAAGGGAUGUUCUUGGUUUUCAAACGCUCUUGGACUACCAAAUAAAUCAGUACAUUGACCCCAACGGCGAGAGAAUCUUCGGCAGAGCACCCGAUGACAUGAGAGCUAUAGUUUGUUGGAAACCAGUAGAUUGA